GUUUAGUCUUUUUUAUUUAGAAAUGUAAAAACCCACAAUUGAUUCUAUGAUGCAGGUGUAUCCAGAGAGCUCAAAUCAAUAGAAUGGAAUGUUAUUGUUAUAAUAAAGUUUUUCCUGAGGAGGGCAGUAAUAUGCUCAGUGACACUAAAUCGGCCAAAAACCACAGAAGAAAAGGAGAACGGAGAGGAUGAGGAGGAGGAGAAGGAGGAGGAGGAGAACGUUGCUGGAUGCGGUCUCUCGUCUCUCGUCUCUCUCCAAAGCAAACACAUCAUGGGUCGCAGUGAGGAGCUCAGUGACUUUCAGCGGGGCACUGUCGUGGGAUGUCACCUGAGUAAAAAGUCCGUGCGUGAGAUCUCCGCCCUGUUGGACCUGCCUCGCUCCACGGUAAGCUCCGUGAUCCUGAAGUGGAAACGUGGAGGAAUAACGACGGCCCUGCCCCGCAGCGGCCGGCCGCACAAGCUCAAAGAGCAGCACCGUCAAGUGCUGGAGAAGGUGGCGCUGGAGAAGUGUCUGCCCUCGGUGGAAGCUCUCACCUCCGAGUUCCAAAGCGCCUCUGGGACCUGUGUGAGCUCCAGGACUGUCCGCCGGGAACUGCGUGAGAUGGGCUUCCGUGGCCGAGUGUCAACGUACAAGUCCAAAGUUGGGGAAAAGGUGGAAAAGAGCCAGGAGGAGGAGGAGGAGGACGCUGCAGUGGACGCGUCUCGUCUUGACUUGCGUGUUGGACAUAUCAUCACGGCCCUGCGGCCUCCACAAACUGACGGUGUGUAUGUGGCGCAGGUCGAUGUGGGAGAGACGACUCACAGGACAGUAGUCAGCAAACUGGUGAACCACAUACCAGUGGAUCAGAUGCAGAACCGCAUGGCAGUCCUGCUGUGUAACCUGAAGCCGACCAGUCUGGGUGGAGUGGAGUCCCAGGCUGUGGUCAUGUGUGCCAGCUCACCAGACAAGGUUGAAAUCCUUGAUCCUCCAAGUGGAGCAGUACCAGGGGACAGAGUUACUCUCCAGGGCUUCCCAGGUGAACCAGAUAAAGAGCUGACUCUAUGGAACAGGAUUCAGCCAGACCUUCGCACCGAUGGCCAGUGUGUCGCAACUUACAAGGGUGCUGCUUUUGAAGUCGUCGGCAAGGGAGUUUGCAAAUCCCAAACCAUGAGCAACUGUGAAAUCAAAUGAGCCAACUGUGCUGCAAGGAAGCGCUCGUUGCAAAUCUCUGCAGCCCAAAUGUCGUGGAGGGCCUUUCUGAGAGCGCUGUGGAUAUUGAAGCAUGAGGGUGUGAAAUGAGAUGUCCAACAAUGAACUUCUGAGUGUUUAGGAAAAUCACAGUGAAGCUUAUGUCGCCCUCUGUGGACAGAUAGGAGCAUUACUACAGUAUUUCAUUUCUGUCUGAUUAUGAAAGUCGGUGACGUUGAGCACUGCUGUCCCCACGAUGAUGCACAGUAUGUGUGUGGGUUUUUUUUUAAAGUCAGACAUGAGAACUGUGCAUACAGUCAUACAGACUAUAGUGAAAAGAAAAGGGAAAUUCUUUAAAAUAGAAAUAAAUAGAAAACAAUUUCCCAUGCGAUCAGAGUGGCCAUUCCCUCUGACCUGUGGAUGAAACUCAACAGUGCAGAAUCCCCAUUGAUAAGGGACAUUCUGACAGUCUAAAGUGAACCCUGUACGACGUCAUUUGGUUAUGAUGCUCUUCAGUGUUUCAUCUUUGUGCGUCUGACACUCACAAAUGAUGAACAUGAGUCAGUGUGUUGUGUACCAGUAUACAUAACCUGUGGAAAGUAUACUUCUCUAUAUUGAUUCUGCUUUUGUUUAACUGCAGUCUCGAAGCAAUCGCGAGGGAAACGAAUACUGACUGUAAAAGUAGAUGUUUAUUGACUGUUUCUGCACCGUCCUGCUGUGUCAAACUGUCACUCUGCUCUGCAGGUUAAGAGUUCGGUUUAACUUUGACUUUUAUAUGUCCUACUUAAUGGAAUGAGCUCCCGUUCCUUCAGCUUCCUCUGUGAUCACUACUACAAAGAAAGAUUUGUCUUUGGACGACAAACAAUAAACCCACAUAUUUUGUUUUGAAAAGAAGUUCUUUCUGUCUCUGUUGUUGGGAAGAACAAGUCCAUAAACCACACAGGCAAGUUUUUCUUCCCUUUUUAAAGGAAGAACUGAAAAAAAUGUGUAUCAAAUGGGGACGUGAUACAGGAACUAAGAAGGGGAACAGAUUUUUCCAAGAAAUGAUCAUGCUGGUGAUUGUUUGACAAGACUGUAAAACUGUAAAUCCCUUUGUAUAUGAUACAUGAUGUUUAUCACCUGUGAUAAACAUCCUAGAACCUUCCUAGAACCCAUAGAAUGAGCUACCUCACAACUUUCUCAUGUAACAGGAGGAGGCAGUGGUGUCACUGACCUUCUAAUUUUUAUCCCACUGAUAUUCCACUAGUUCACAUCAACAGCUGGUUUUUUGUUUGUUGUUUUUGCAACAGUCAUAAGAUGUGAUCUGAUCUAAAUGACCUGAAAUGUAAUGUGCUUUAAUGACGAGCACAUCAUUACAAUAUAUCCUGCUUUCUUUUAACUUUUAUCAGGGAAAAAGGAAGUUCCUCACUAGCACCA